AUGCGACUUUUUCGCCCAACUGCAGCCGUUGCAGCGCUUCUGACACAGGCUUUCGGUUUACCCGCUAACAGCCCCAAAGAAGCACGGCAGCAAGACCGAAAUGUUUGCAACGACGGAAGUCUCGCUGCAGAAAAUCCUCGUGCGGCUUUCUUCAGAAAGAUCGUGGACAACUCACCAUAUUCCAACCAUAGUAGGGUACCAACACCAAGCAAUGUUCCCCUCAAGGUCGGCAUUAUUGGGGCAGGGGCUGCAGGUCUCUAUGCUGCCAUAUUGCUAGACUCUCUCGGCAUCGACUACGAUAUCCACGAGGUUUCUGAUCGGGUUGGCGGAAGGAUUUUCACCUAUCGCUUCGACGAGGAGAGCUGGGCGAAAUCAACGCCAGCCGACCCCGCUUACUACGACUACUAUGAUGUGGGAGCAAUGCGAUUUCCCCACAUGCCCUAUAUGGACCGAAUCAUUGGCAACGAAUCAUGGAGUCUGAUCCCGUACAUUAAUGCACGUGUAUCUGAGCGUGAUCAAGUAGUAAAGAAACACUACAUUUUCAAAGCCGAUAACGCGUUUAGGCGUUUCAACGGAAUCACUGCUCAAAUGAAGGACGCCGGUUCCGGCUCACCUAGCAAGUACAAUGUUCCAGUCUUGAACGAGGCAUUCGCUACCCAAUCUGCUGCGAAUGUCUGGGCUGCACAGGUCGCGACAAUGACAAAGGCAUUAUCAGAAAACUUCACUGCCGGAUUCAACCUGCUAAUGGAAUAUGACUCUAUGACUACUCGAGAGUUCCUUUUGGACAGGAAUUUCACCAACGGCGAGAUAGACUGGCUUGAAACCGUGAAUGAUGCAACAGGUCAUUACGACAUGUAUUCAAUGUCUCAAGCUGUUUUGGAAGAAUGGAUUUUCGACAGCGUGGAUCCAGAAAAUUGGUCUCUGAUCAACGGCGGCAUGGACAUGUUGACGAAGGGAAUGAAUCUCAUCAUCAAAAAUAAACCCAAGCUUCACAGCAGGGUUACAGACAUUAAGAAGAACUCUGACGGAACUUUAAAGGUCCUUGUCAACGGCACCCAGGAGACUAACUAUGCGCACGUUAUUUCAACAGUUCCUCUUGGUGCUCUGCAAAUUAUCAACAUGACAGAGUUGAAUCUUGGAUACUACCAGAACAGUGCUAUCCGCACACUGCAAUACGACCACUCUACAAAGAUUGGCUUUAAGUUCAAGUCACGAUGGUGGGAAAACCUUUCGACAGGCCCGUUCAAGGGCGGCCAGUCUUACACCGACCUACCCAUUCGACGCUGCGUGUAUCCAUCGUACGGAAUCGACAUACCCAAUGCCCCCGGAACCAUGAUUGCCAGCUACGUUUGGGGUCAGGACUCUUCGCGUUUGGGGUCCUAUCUUAAUCCGCAUAACCCCACCACGCAAGCGCCGUAUCAACCAUACAGCGUGGACACUUUGGUUGACUUCACACUACGCGAUCUUGCGGAACUCAAUGGCGUAUCUCACGAGUACAUCUUGUCUCAAUUUGAAGGAUACCAUGCUUACGACUGGUACGGCUCGGCAUACUCGAACGGUGCUUUCGCCAUCUUUGGGCCCGGCCAGUACAGUACCGUCGUGCCGUGGUUAAUGAUGCCAGCUGCCCAGGGGCACAUGCACUUUGCCGGAGAAGCUCUAAGCUCAGGCCAUGCGUGGAUUAUUGGUGCUGUCAACAGCGCGUGGAGAACGGUAUAUGAGAUUCUGUGCACUGAAGGCCUGGAGGACAAAAAGGCUCAAUUCAUCCAACAGUGGAAAGAUAUAGAUGAGGUCGAAAAGGGAUGGUAUAAUUGGACGCCUGGUGGCUAG